AUGGCCCAUUGCAACAUUGGCAAAAACCAAUGUUUUCUUCCACACGGCACCGUGAUAUGGAACCGUGCUGCAACGGACACCACUCUGCCGCUUCACAAAAGUGACAAAGGAAUUGCAUAUGUAACACCUCAUCAUAUAGUACUGAACAAUAUUCAGUCAGCAUUCACGUAUAAAAACGUAACGUUUUCGCCGUCCAAAUUGAGCGCUUGGUGUCUCGAAAAGCAUGCGAUUUCUAUGGACAAUGGAGUACUCAUAGCACCCCGAGGUAGUAGAAACUAUCAAUCGCAGACAUUUCUACAACUCGCAAAUCGUACAUUUCUGGGAGAACAACCCACGCUCAAGCGUAGUAAUUCCGAUACUCCAGUGAAUACAACCUCUUCCAAACCACUUCAAGGACUAAGCUCUAUUCAGAAUUUCUUCCAAUCUUUGGAUAAGAAAUCUAUGGACAUGAGGCGAUUUAAAUUUGGAAUUCGACCUUGUCCAAGACGACAACUCGAAAUAAAUCCAAAUAACUAUAAAGCGUUAUCAAAUAGGGUGCAAAACCCUAGGCCUUCAAUUUUAGAGGUACCUGAGGACGCCCUCAGUAAAGGUAAACCUAUUAUCUCUGCGAAAAUUGCUCAUCAUGUUGCCGUAAACUCAGAACCAGACUUUACCGCUAUGAACAAUGACCCAGAUCUCAGUCACGAGCAGCGUCAGGAUGAAUCGUCACGCAGAACUCAAUACUAA